CUUCCUUUAAGAUAGGGCUUCGGCAGGGACCACAUUCACAUUCAUACGUUUUAGUUUCCGCCGUCAUCUUCGUAUUUACGUGCAGACGAAUGGAAAUACGGAUGUUUUGGUUGGUGGUUUCCCCAGGACUUUGAUGCAAACAUUAAUAUGGCCACCCGAAGGAGGCAGCCCUCCUCUGACGACGUGCUCAUCAUUAGUGAUGAUUCCUCCCCAUCCUUUGUUGACUUAACUGAUGAUUCCCCCUCUGGUGCUAGUUCUACCAACGCAGGCCAGCCAGGCCAAGCUGUGCAUUUCUUCUCAUCCUCAGCUCAUGAGAUUGUUGACUUGACGUGUGGAGAUACAUCACCAGUCAUGUUGGAUCCUGUACCAACAAGGAGAACAAGAAGAAGUCAACGAUUACAACGAGCUGCGCGGUCGUCACGGCGACACAGUCCAUAUUCCAGCAACAGCGAUGUCACAAUAGACAGCGAUGAAGAAAAUGAUGUACAAGUCUUAGCCUCUGUUGAUGUCAACAAUAAGUUACCAUGGCCUGAUGAGUUGCCAAGUGCUGUAGCCACACCUCCUGAUGUGAGCAGUACUCCGGGUAGGAAGCAAGUCAAAUGUCCUGUCUGUAUGGACAAUGAAACACAGAUCCGUGCCAGCGGUCUUCAACUAAACUCCACCGUCUGCGGUCAUAUCUUCUGCAAUCGAUGCAUCACAAGUGCAAUACGAACACAACAACGAUGUCCAACAUGUCGCAGAAAACUCACCCUUAGACAAGUUCAUCCCAUAUUUCUAUGACAUUAAACCAAAGUAAAGCACUUAGUUUUAAAAGUAUGUUUGAAUAAACCUGCAGAGCGCCCUCUGUUGUUUCUGACCAAACAGCAGCAGGCAAAACUGCAUUGAUAACAAGAAAGAACUCAAGGCAACCAAGGAAUCAUAUAUUUUAACUUCCCCUUAUAAUUAUGAAAUGUUUUGGCAUUUGUCCCUUUUUAGUCAUUUAUUAUCCAUCAAUCGUGACUGGCAAACAUCACUUUAAUUAACAUUAAACCAUCUGGUUUUUGCCUGCCUGUAUUCCUCUUAAAUUAAUAGAGAGCACUCUUAUUAGAAAAAGUGAUACCCUUCACAUCAAAGCACUUAAUUUUUUUGUUAAUGAACUAGGUUGGCUUUUUCUAGAAGAUAUCAAGAUGGAAGUUUUUUAAAGAAAUGUCAAAAAAGUGAUAAGGGAUUUCUUCAAUUUUGCCUUUUGAAUGUUGACAUGAGACAAAAAAAAUCUUUUUUAAAGAAAAUCUGUGUUUGAUGAAUUUUGUUUUUGUUUAAUUUGACUCAAUUUUUUUUUUGAAAAUAAGAAACCACAAAAUCCUGAAUGUCUUGAAGAGAAUUCUGCAUUUGCAUUAACUAAAAAAGUCUUCCCAUUCAAUGUAUAGGCAUGAAGUAUUAUCCCAGAUGUGAAAAUAAUAAAUGCGGCAUGAUCUAAUUCCAGAGAUGUUCCCUAAUUUAACAUGUGCCCAACAUGCCAGACACAUUGUGUAAUGCUACAUCUCCGAGAAAAACAUAUGGACACUUCCAUCAUGUGUGUAGCAUUAACUUCUUGGGUUGGACGACCAUUUUGUAUUGUAUACAUGUGCCUGUUUUUCCCCUCUGGAGCUGAGACAUUCAUAUCGUCUGUUGCUUUGAUUCUGCAGCCCAGAAGCAGCUAGCCCUGUGUUUAUUCAUUCUUUCCCCGUCACUGAUUACAUUUUGUAGGAUGAUAAAUAGUCAGCUUCGAUGGAAGAUAAAUGUUUUUUUUAUGCUUCCAAAAAUUAUGGCCAAUUUUAAUAGUAUGGGGCAGUUUUUCCUGUAUAAUUUUCUCUCAGGUUAGAUAAUAAAAUUCAUUUUUUUUUUACACAAACACCUCGUGUUAUUGCUGUUCCACCUUUGAAAUGUUGCUUGAAGUAAUAAAAUUGGGUUCUUUUCAGCUGUCAUGUUAGAAAGUUGAGAAAUAAUUAACUUGUCAUGUUCCCUGUUGGACACAUUCCCAGUUGGGAUUAUUUAUAACAAGUUAAGCCAUUUAACUGUUAAUAAUUAUUAAUUGUAAGAUAUUAAAACAUUUACGGAACACUGACAAAAAAACACAGUGUGUAACUUAAAUAUUUACUGAAAAGAAAGCAAAACAAUAUUCUUCUUUUUUUUUCAGAUAGAAAAAAGACGCAAUUUCCAUUAAUUAAAUUUGACUUUUGUACUAAGUUAUUGACAACAUAAGGCAAUGGUGUCACAAUAAAAUAUGAGCCUUCAUUUGUAUAAUUUUGUGUAA